AUGGACUCCUCUUCACGUACACAACAACAGCCUCCCAAACCGAGGAGACUUAUUGAUAAUGUAGCAGAGGUCCGCCGUCGAAAAGAGGCAGCCGAACGUCUCAUAAGAGAACGACACGAAGCGCUUCGUCGACAACAUGAAGAGAAAAUUAUGAAGAUAAACGAAGAGCGUCAACGUCAGCAGAGACGAACCUGUACAUCGCCACUCUCUUCUUUUCAACCUCCGUCCGCCAAGCGUUAG